AUGGCCUCUGGGUUCUCUGCCUCUGUCUGGAUAAAGGUGGCUGAGAAUGAAGAGGGAGAGGGACAUGCAGAGAAGGAGGAGGGGAAGGCUCCUACGUUGGAGCCCGACCUGGGGGCCACCCCGGAUGGGCAGAGGGUGGUGGAGGAGAGCCUGAUGCACAUUCUCUCCAUGGGCUCCAAAGCUAUGAUGCUGCAGGUCUGGGCUGACCUCUCCACUGGAGUGUUCACUUUCAGGAUGUGUAUUGACCCUAAUGAUGAGAUGAAGGCGGGGCUACUGGCCCAAGCAGAGUCAGGGGAGGGUCUAGUCUCACCUGGCAGUUGGCAUCACCUGGGUAUCAGCUACACCCAGCAGCCUGAGGGCAAGAAGAACAUCCAUGGACGUCUGGCACUAUGGGUCAACGGAGUCAGGAAGUGUGAGGUGUCUCUGGACUACACGUUACCCAGGAAGUCCAGCCUGUCUUCAGACAGCAACAAGACCUUCUGUCUGCUGGGACACUGUACGGGACACAGUGAGGACGUGACCAGACAGGGUGGACAGUACGACAUGGGCACUGUGCUGCUCUUUAACGGUACCAAGCUGUGUGUGUGA